UUCUCUUCAUCCCUCCUCACUCCCUCUUUUGGCCCUCCCUCCCACACUGAAGUUGCACAUGGUUUCUGUCUUGGGAGGUUUAACUUUCUCAGGCUCUGGAUGGAAGAGGGAUGAUGCCAGGGAGCUGCAGGAGAGCACACAUGUCUGAAACCUGGAUUGAUCAGUUUCUUUUUUUUUCUUUUUUUUUUUUUUUCAAAUGAAUUAAUCUAGGAUUCAAACAGUUGCUGGAUGUGGGUGAAUCUGUGGUGGAAAUCUGGUGAAAAAUUGAGACAUGUUGCUCGAAUGAGUCCGCUGGAACCUCAAAGGUGAACUGCUGAUUAUUUUUCUGCCUUUGCGGGAGAAAGAAGACAUCACCGCUAUCAUCGGGCUGAGCAUCAACAAACUGGAACGGCUUUUCCACAACAAGCUUUUCCGAAGCCAGAAAUCAUGAAAGACAACUAUGGCGGAUACGAGAACCAACUUUUCAAAGAGGAGGACCUUACUGGAGAGGAGGAGGAAAUGCCUUCGUUUAGAGGUCGUACCAGAGGGGGCUGUGUGCGGUGCCAGCAGAGCCAUUCUCUCCAGCUGGCCGUCAAAGUCCUCUACGGAUUCGUUGCAUUCCUGAUCAUUACCGUCGCAGUGCUGGCGUCACUCGUGUUCAAGAAGGUGGACAACCUCGCAGAGGAGGAAUCUCUCUACAGCAAGAAGAUCAGCAAGGCCCAGCAAGGAAUAGAAGAUCUGAGGUCCAUGUCUAAUUGCUCUGGCUGCCUGGAUGUGACUCUGUACAGCGAGGAGAUCAGCAAGCUCAAGAAGGAGUUUGAAGAUAUGCAAAGAAUGAUACUAGGACAAGAGCAGGUUCUGGAUCAGACCUCCCAGACUCAGGACACUCUGAAGUCCACCAGCAACCGUCUGACACGGGACAUCCAGAGCCACCUUGUGUCGAUCAAACUCCUCAACCAGUCGCUGGAAAGAUACAUGGACCGGGUGGAGGGGUGGAAGGACGUGAUCGAAGAAACGGAAGAGAAGAUGAAAACUCUGACGGAGGAUCAGUACGACAUCAAAGCUGCAGCACAGACUGUCAACACAACGGUGGCGCUCAGUACACUGUGGAUAGAUGCCCUGCAGAGAAAAGCCGACGAGGAGACCCUGGUACUGCAGAAGUUGACCACUGACUGGCAGAACUACAGUCGGGUUCUGAGCGCCAUCAAGUCCAACACCAGCAGCACCACGCAAACCAUGCGCUUCCUCCAGAACAACAUCAUAGCGGAUCACCAGAGAAUCGCCAUGUCCACGGAGGUGUACUACGACCUCAUUCAGCAGGUGAUUAAUCUGCAGAUGCAGCUGGACAACAUAACAUCUUUCAUGGAUGAACACGAGGAGAACAUGCAUGACCUUCACUACCAUUCCAGGUAUUACGAGAACCGGACAGGCGAGCGUUUUUCUGCCUUGGAUGGCCGCCUGAACUCCAUCGAGAUGGAGAUUGACACAAUCUCCUCCAGCAUCAACGCCACUGUCAGCCAUGUCCAGAGCAUGUACAAGUACAUCAACAUUGAGAGCUCCACCUGCCAGAGUCGCAUGGGCAGACACACAGAAGAUCUACAGAACUUGAACAACACGGUGUUGUUACUCCUCCACUUAGCCGACAAUCUGAGGCAGCAGAACAUGAUGCUGAACGUCCGACUGGAUGUGGACGUCAGGAACUUGUCCAUGGUGAUGGAGGAGAUGAAGCUUGUGGAUGUUUUCCAUACCCAGCUCAUAAAUAACUUCACUAUAGUGAAAGGCGCUCCUGGACCACCUGGGCCCAAAGGGAACCGUGGUGAAACCGGCCCAAAAGGACCUAUUGGAUUGAGUGGCAGUAAAGGUGACCGUGGCCCCAUAGGAAGUCGUGGAUCUCUCGGAGAGAAAGGUUCUCUUGGUCCCAAAGGAGCCCCGGGUGAAGCAGGUCCCACUGGCAGUAAAGGGGCAGUUGGUAUCAAAGGACCUAAGGGGGCCAUUGGUCCACCAGGACCUAAAGGUGAAAUCGGCCAGAAAGGUGAAAUGGGUCCUUCUGGUAAAGAUGGAAACCAAGGACCUGCAGGGCCUCAAGGGAUCCAGGGCCAAGCAGGACUACCAGGCAUCAUUGGGCCACCAGGAGCAAAAGGAAAGCCAGGACCAGCAGGGCCUCCUGGAGAACCAGGACUCCCUGGACCUCCAGGCUAUCCGUAUAGUCACGAAGGAGUGAACACCCCCCAAACUGUGGCACCUACAGCUGGGUCCAAGAGACAGCAAAGGAAAAGCAUAGUCUGAGGAGAUUUAUUUGGGACAAAGAGGCCCUAAAAAUCGGAAGUAAAGUUGUUCAUUGUGGCAAGAGACACAAUGAUCCAUUUCCAAGAGAACAGACAAUGGAGAACUUUAUGAACAAAUGCAACAAACCAAAUUCAAGAUGGGGCUCAAAGGGAAGACCUUUCCUUGAGGAAAUGACAUAGUCACAAGGAGUGAACGAUGAAUAAAGGCCUCGAUUACAUAAAUGGACCUCACAGACUGAGUCGUUGCUGGGAUAUACUCCACGCUGGGAAUCUACAGCUUUGACACCAUUUAAACGUUGUACAGUGGUGGUCUCUAGGAUUUACCCAAAACACAACUCACACAACUGGAAAUUGAUACAACAAUAACAACAUCUGUAUGGACAGGAAUAAUAAUAAUGAUUUAAAAAAAAAAAACUGCCAUGGGAUUAACAGGAAUAGAGGACACACCCAUUUUUGAAUCUGAAGUCUUGCCUAGUUGAAUGUACUGGAAGCAAAGAAUGUGUUUGAGGUUAUUGUCAAGCCACCAACGCCUCUCGAGGCAUAAUAAAUAGCAGGGCUGUUAACCACAGAUUUGGACCGGAGUAGAGCUGUUUUCCAUCCGGACUACUUAAAGGUUUACGUUCCCAUUCCCCAUUUCACGGACGUAGAAUAAUACCCGCUCGUUUUUACAUUAUGCACAUGUAACUGACACGUCCUUUUCUAACGGUUGACACUUUAUUGGUUCCUAAAGUGUCUUUUAGUGUUUCAGAGCAGGUACUCUGAAGCCCUUUUAAUCUACGGCGACUGUGGUCAGAGUUUGAAGAGGAAAACUUUACCUUUGAUGCAAUCUUUGAUUCUUUUCUUUCUCUUGUUGGUUGAAAAAGUAAAUAAAUAAACUAGUCCUGUUGACAGUUGGAAGCUUUUUGAGAAUGAUCUGAUACAAAGACUGAUACAACUUCCAUGUUUUUGUGUAAAAGCGAAAGGCUUUAGGUGAUGACUAGCGUAGCUUAGCAUAAAGACGCAGCUUGUGUGACUCUUUGCAAAGCUAAUUAUCUCUACAACAAAAGCAGAAACGAAACGUUAAAACAGCUAUUUGUAGUUUUAACGGGAACUAGUGUACUGUGACAUUUUCCAACAUAUAUUUUAUCCAAUUGCUCAACUCUUAGGUUCAAAGCAAUCUCCAGAAAGUUGUUGACAGGACAUAACUACCCUUAAAUCUGUCAGUUUCAAAAUACGCGAGCUACGCAAGAAAAAUGAUAGAGAUAUUACAGACCUAUAGUCUUUUUGAACCUUGGAGAAAGCAGGGAUAGCUAUUCCCUUCUGUCUAAAGUCUUUAUGCUAAGCUAAGCUUACUAGCUGUGGUACCACAUUGCACACAGGCAAUUAACUCUGAAGCAAAGCAAAUUUACAAUGUACAACUAACACUUCAAGGUGUAUGAAGACAAGUGAGUAACUGCACCAACUGAAAAGUUGUAGUGGUAAAAUCAAUUUUUCUUCCUACUUUAGGCAACUGUGACAACAGACUAAUGACCUUUAGAAGGGUUUGGUUUCUACAAUACGCAAGAUAAUCAUUAUAUCUCAAAAUAGACGUUAUACAAAAAGGGGAACAUUAAGUUUUUGUAAAUCUGGUUGUUGUAAUGAAGUGCGACUGGUUUGCAUUGAACUUCAAUAAAGGCUUUUUUUUUUAACAGUC